AUGGAAGACCAAACAAGUGCUUCGCCUUAUGAGAUCUCAAUCACGUUCAGUGGCAAUCCAUUGGAUCGGGUGAAUAAUCGAAGGAAGGACGUGGCCUUCCUUGCCACCCAGCUGGAGAGCGCCGCUUCCGUGUGCAUUCCCUUCCACCGACUCUCGCCGCUGCUCCUCCGCAGCUCUGACGAGUCCGCGACACCAACGCGCGAGAUUCGCUGGAAGAGCCUGAGCGAGGUGACCAGACUGGCUGGUGGAGUCGGCGAAGUGGUCCUGCUGGGCCUGCGCAACGAUACGGCACACUAUGCCGUCGAGUUGCCCGGGGAGAGUGCCAAGGCGCUCACAGACGGCGACGAAUCCGCAGAGUUCAUCGACAUGCGCCGCGUUUCUCCCUUCCUCAUUCACGAGGAGGCCGGCAUUCUCGCACAGGCACGAGCUCUGCUUGAGUGGCACGCCAAGCACAAGUACUGUGGAGUGUGCGGCAGUCCAACGCGCUCGAUCGAGGGCGGAUCCAAGCGGCAAUGCACCAACGCCGCGCCUCCGAAGACCGACGCCGUGCCCGCCACCGGUGGACCCAAGGGCUGCGGCAAUCGGGAGUACCCGCGCACCAACCCGGUGGUGAUCAUGCUGGUGAUCCAUCCCGACGGACGGCAGUGCCUUCUGGGCACGCAGAACCGCGUCUCGGGUCUCACCAAUAUGUGGUCCUGCCUUGCCGGCUUCAUGGAUCCGGGCGAGACGAUUGAGGAGGCGGUGCGCCGGGAGGUGUGGGAGGAGAGCGGGAUCGAGGUGGGCAAGGUCGAGUACUUUGCCAGCCAGCCAUGGCCCUUCGGAACGGAACUGAUGAUCGGCUGCUUCGCCCACGCGCUCAAGGCUGAGAUCAACGUCGACCGAAGGGAAAUUGCCGACGCUCGCUGGUUCACACCCGCAGAGAUCGAAAAUGGCGUGCGACAGAUGGCCGAGAACCCGCGACUGAUGUGGGCCAGCGCGGAAUGGCGCAUCCCGGCCAAGAGCGCCAUCGCGCACCAACUGAUGGCCAAGUGGGUGGCCUCCCUCCCGCCACCGCCCGCCACUUCCACCUCUUCCCUUUGA